CGGGACGAUUUUGUAGACGGACCAGAAGCAUCAGGCGGUCAAACAUAACCGAAAACAGGUCGAACGAGUUUCUUUUUAAACCCACCGCAUUUGGCUCGGAUUAUGUCUCCCGCUGCACUGAGAUUAGCUGCGGAAUGUUGUAGCUUUAACAGAUUUAUAAAUAUCAGGACAUUUUUGCGACCGCUUCAGAUUUCGGAGAGAAACUUGUCCGGUUCCGGUGGCGUGAAGGAUUCUGGGGAAAAGGCGUUCGACGUUUCUUUACUGGAGUUCCUUGUGUGUCCUCUGUCUAAAAAACCUCUCAGAUACAACGAAACAACAAACGAACUAAUCAACGAAGAGCUUGGCAUUGCGUAUCCCAUUCUAGAUGGCAUCCCGAAUAUGAUUCCUCAGGAUGCACGCCUGAUCCAGAACACCGAAGGGGCUGAAAAACCGACUUCGUCUUAAACCGAGAGUUUGUCUGCUCACACACACACACACACACACACACACACUCACCCAGACAGGCAAAAUGCUGUUCUCUCUGUCUACGGUCACGGUUUUAGUCCCCGUCCUGUCCUUACUGGGCCUCCUGUACUCCUCAAGCGUUGAUGAAAACUUCCCACAGGGCUGCACAGACACCACCAGUGUGUGUUUUUUUAGUCUGUUGUUGCCCGUCACUAUUCCCGUGUACGUCUUUUUCUAUCUGUGGAAAUGGAUGGGAAUCAAGCUGUUCCGGCACAACUGAGAGAUGUAAAUAAAGUUUUCUUUAAACAGGAAA